AUGAAGAACGGAUUGGUUUCGUAUGCCUCAUUCACGCUCAAUGGAACGUAUAUCUCUGAAUGCUCCAGUUAUAUCUAUCUAGGUCGAGAAAUCAAUAUGAUGAACGACCUAGCUCUAGAGCUGAGCAGAAAACAAGCUGCUUGGGGAGCUUUCAAGAGCAUCGAGGAUGUAAUGAAGAGAACAAAGAACGCCCGACUCCGUGCCCACCUUUCCGACUCAACGGUACUUCCUGCCCUUACAUAUGCGUCAGAAACCUGGUCGCUGCGUAAGCAAGAUGAAAGGUCACUCAGCGUUAUCGAACGCGCAAUCGAAAGGACGAUGCUAGGAGUAUCUCGUUUCACAAAAGUAAGGGAUGGGAUCCGAAGCUCCGAUCUGCGUCAACAAUCAAAGAUGAAAGAUGCCGUUCUGUACGCCAAACAGUCGAAAAUAAGGUGGGCCGGACACGUAAUGCGUAUGAAUGACAACCGAUGGAUAAGAGCCCUUAGUGACUGGAUUCCUCGGGAUGUCAAACGCGCUGCAGGAAGACCACCGACCCGAUGGUCAGAGUUUUUCACAAAGAGCCUUGAAGAAAGAUAUGAUGCUCGACGAGUUCCUAGAGCAAGCAGAACCCACUGUGCUACUCUUUCACGCGACAGGGAAAAAUGGAAGAUUUACUGGCGCCCGCUCGAGUCACUCGACGAUCAACGGGACUACAGGUGA